AUGUAUACUAACUAUUUCCCCGAUAGCGAGAAGCAAAAGCUUCAAGACCAAUUCCAAAAGUUGAACCAAGGAAACCGCUCGGUAGGAGAGUAUGAGCGAGAGUUCUCACAUAUUAUCGAUUGUGUCUCCGACGUGGUGCGAGACGACAAGGAUCGAGCCGAUUGGUUCGAGCAAGGACUCCGGCCGGAUAUCUACAAGGCGGUUCACAUUUUAAAGCUCACUACCUUUGCGGAGGUGCUUGAUCGGGCGUUGUGGGCGGAGCAUGGUAACGCCUAUGUCCGUGAGGAGCGAGAGGUGUCCGAGAAGGACGGAGGAAAGAAGUGGGCUCCAGGUGGUUCUGGAGGUCAAUCCAAGUCGAAGUCGAGGAAGCCUCCGAAGUACCCGCGGACACAGUCGUAG